GGCUUCAAUGGCUGGCCAACGAGGCGAAUCCGCGAACCGACCGACGCACAUUCUUCAAGGCAGCAUUUCCAACCACCACUUUCCCUCGUGCUGAGUUAUGUGUGUUCUCCGCGCGAUGUAUUUCAAUCGUCUUGCCCGCACAGCAUACCUCAGUCGACUGGGCUCCCGUAACAGCUUCAGAAUGGCAUCCACCAUUGUUGGAGCAUCAGGCCGCGAGUACAUCCAAGGCGAGGUUCUCCAGCGCGAUCCCAAGGAUAACAAACCUCGCAUCUUCAAAGCCGGGUGUGGAAAUGAGUCUUUUGUCUUCAAACACGUGUCUCAGCCCUUCUAUGAUCUGUCCCAGCAACUCGCUCUGGAGUUUGCAGGCUCUGGUCGGCUGCGGAUGCACGUGGAUGCCAACCAGAACGAGCGCAUCCUGGUGUAUCCAUACUUCAACAACACUCUCCUUGCCUUGAUUAGAGAAGAUCCGGACUUUCCUCCGGCAGAAAGGGUAAAAAUCCUGCGCGUUGUUGCCGAGGCUAUCCAAGAACUUCACUCCAAAGACUGGAUCCACAACGAUGUGAAACCUGACAACAUCCUGGUGGACUGGGCCAGCGACGAAGAUGGUAACAAGACGGUCACCAAGGCGGCGCUCGGCGACUUUGACAUUGCGCUCAAGCUGAAGGAUGGCAAGCCGCUCUACGGCCCUCAUGCCGUGGGCAAUGCCAUGUGGCGAAGCCCUGAAGCCCAGACCGGACGGGGCGUGACAAAGGCGUCUGACGUCUUUUCCUUUGGACUCGUCUGCAUCUACGCUCUUGGAGGCGGCGACUUCCUGCUCCUGGACAACUACCAGGAGCUUGCCGAGCGAGGAAUUAGCCCAGAGCAGGAGAUUCUGACCAGACACUUUGCGUACUUCGGCCCCGUGACCGAGGGGCUCCUGACGCAAGUCAACAGCGAGGUUUGGUCCAGGGCUCUGGAGGCCGCGUCGAGGACGGGACAGCGCGCUGUGGAGGAUAACCCUCUGCUGAGGUUCGAGUGCUGGGGGGAGGGCCUCGGCCCCGCGGCUGUCGACAUGAUCUCCGGCAUGACAAGGCUUGACCCGGCCGCCAGGCUGACGAUGGAGCAAGUCCUGGAGCAUCCGUGGUGGACGGAGGAGUAAUAGAGCAUGACGAGCCCCGCACCGUUGGCUGGCGUGGCGUCUUAAAAGACUGGCGUAGGUAAUUAGCCCCCACGACGGGCAUCUCGACACUCCAUUCCCGGCAGGCACCACAACGUGUUCUGCAUCAUCGCAGAUUGAGACGACUAUCGAGCUGGCUCUUUGCCACCCCCCUUUUGCGUAUGGUGUAAGCCGUUGAAUGCUUCAUUGCCAG